GCUGGCCGGGGUUCUGUCUGGCCGUCCGUCCAUCGUCUUAACAGCUCCCCAAGCUCGAAACACUUUCCCCAGAUUUCCCCAGCCCUUCCUUCGACUCCACCCCUCUCAUCCCGCCAGCCAAGUGCCAGAUCAAAGCUCUGGAGCUCCCACCCAUGGCUAGUAGGACUGCACGCCUGAAUAAUGAUACGAUUUUCGAAAACUGCCAAUGAACGCCCUCUACUUGUCAGCCGACUUCUGCGGCUGGCGAGUUGGUCGACCCAGGGUUCCUCGACUUGCGCUGCCCAGUUUCCGCAAGCCUCGUGUGCAUAGUGGCCUCAACUCCACUAGCUAUCGCUGGUUGAACAGCCGAGCGACCGAUCCCCCUGAUGCGCCCGCCGUGACGGCGACAAACUUCAAUAGCGAGAAUUCAGGCGCUUGGCAGCCAGAAACUCGGAACUAUGAGCUCAGUCAUGCAGAAUGGAAAUUCCUCCGCCGCAUUUUCGUCCCUCCGACACGAGAGCCCCCUCCGAAGGUGCCGUCCAGAUAUUCGUCGAGCUACAAACUAUUUGCUCCCCGAACCAGCAUAAGCGAGGUACCGGAUCCAAACUUUGAUCCUACGGGAUCAGAUCUCGUGUUUGCCAAAUCGUUCAAAGAUCCGUUGGAAAGGUCCGAAUAUUUGCGGGAACUUCUCGCGGAGCGGGGUGAAAGAGAGAAAACUACACUUGCAAGGCUUCCUCCGACUGCCUUCUCCGAGCUUCUACGGUCCCUCGACCCCUUGACGCUUGCUGCAGAGCUUGACCCGACUGUAGGCAUUAAUGUGAAUCCUGGCGUGGCCCUGUCAACUAGUCUUGGGUCUUAUUUCGACAUCUUCGGUGUGCGGACGGGGAAUGUCCUCCUCUUGGAGCGCGUGUUCGCUGCAGUGCAACUGAGAAUCUUGGCAAAACGGCCUAUAAUUCUUUCCGACUUCAAAGUACUCUUUAGGUGUGCUGGGGCAGCCUCCGAUCCGAUGAUCGUUCACAACAUCUUCCUCUUGAUGAAGCAAGCUGGCGAGUUGAAAUUGCGAGAAUCGGGGCUCGUGGAUGAAUACAUCAAGUCCCGUUAUCUCACCGAGCACUCAUAUAACCAGUAUGACCUUGCAAGGUCGCGUGUUCGCGCCAUUGACCUUCACAACACCAAAUUACUCUAUGGACGAAACCAAACAUAUCGACUCAGGGCGGCUACGCAACUGGCCUUAUCGCCAAACCAUCGUUUUGGCCAGACCCGGCAUUCGUACAUUAAAGUGGAGUCUCUCAGAAGGGUUACGAGAUUGCGAGAGGACGCCCUUAACCUCUUUAGAAAAAUGAUAUACCACCACAAUACUAUGGACGAGCGCGUUUGCUGUGCCCUAAUGGUUGCCUUGGGAACGACAGGAUCGCUUACGCUUCUGGAAGGUGUGAUCCUGAAAAGGUUUUUUGGAAUAAAGGUCAUCAGAGUUCGGGAGUCCGGUAUUUCCAAAAGCGAACGGAGGCACAACAAAAACACCAGGACCGCGGAUGUCAUCAUAGAGGGGGAUGAAAGAAAGCACACACCACCCGGUUCAAUCACCGACCCAACGAAGCGACUCCUGGACGCCGUUGUGAGCAGCUACUGUCGCAAUGGCGAAAUCGUUGUUGCGUUGAAGUUGGUUGAUUUCUUGGCGCUCCGUUAUAACAUUCGCAUACCUGAUCAAACUUGGUUCGAUAUACUCCAAUGGACCUACUUGUACACAACAAACCCCGCUAGAUCCGAAUGGAUAGAGGCUGGGUUUCCAGGAAGGGCAACGACACACGAAUCGGUGCAACUGGUUUGGGACACUAUGACAACGGAGUAUAAGAUUCAGCCCGGAUUUCUUCAGUACACCAUUCUGAUCAAGUCCCUUAUAAGGCGAAACCGCAUCGUUGAAGCGAUGGAAUAUAUGCUGGAGCUCGAGCCGUAUUAUAAGCGUAUCGAAGAAGAGGCCGAGCGUGCCUACUACAACCAGACGCUGGUUUUGGGUCUCGGUCUCGAUCUGCACGAGGCAAGGCAAGCUUGGCCCAAGGCCCAGGUGCGCAAAGAAGCUACAUGGCAUGCCUUCCACUCCAUGUGUGCCAUUUUGAUGGAUAAGAUCUCGGAAAUUGAAGUAGACGAAGAAUUGGCGACGCGGACGAUACCUCAGUUCAUUGGCAUCUUCCGGAACAUGUUCCGCAACGUCGUCAAGUACAAAAUUCCUGGGGGGGUGGUAGAGCUGUACAAGAUCCGGACGAUCCACAGACCCGGCACAUGGGAAGACGCCACCUGCUCUUUGGGGUAUUCCUAUCAAGUCUCGUAUCACUCUCAUGAAGAGAAGGAAUGUGGUAUCGGUUAG